UGACACCCAGCCCCUGCCCCCGCUUUGUCGGUUUGUCUCCCAGUCACUAAGCCCUGUCUACCUCUCUCUGACUUGGUUCUCUGACUCGGCUCUGUCCCCGCCCUCUCUCCCCCACCACGACCACCACCAGCACACACACAGACGACUCCUAGAGCAGUCAUGGCUGACAGGAAGGAGACCAAGACCGCCGGCAGAAUCCCGCUGAGGAGGAAGGAGAAGAAGGUGGAGACGCAGGCGGAGAGCGUCCCCGAGAAGGAGCAGGAGAAAGAGAAGGAGGAGAAGGCGGAGGGGGAGAAGUCGGAGGAGAAUGGGGUGGAGGCACAGGGGGCCGCGGCCGUCGGAGUGGAGAACGGGGAGCUCCAGGUGGAGCCCAUCGAGCUGCCGCCCUUUGAGAUCAUCACAGGGGAAAGAAUAAACCCCUUCUUCUUCAAGUUCCAGUUCAAGAACGUGGAGUACUCGUCGGGCCGGAACAAGACCUUCCUGUGCUACCUGGUGGACCCGCAGGGGCGGGGCGGGGGCGAGGGCAUGCGGGGCUAUGUGGAGGACGAGCACUCGGGCACGCACGCCGAGGAGGCCUUCUUCCAGCAGGUGCUGCCCGACAGCGACCCGGCCGCGCGCUACAACGUCACCUGGUACGUGUCCUCCAGCCCGUGCGCCGCCUGCGCUGCCAAGCUGGCCGAGGUGCUGCAGGCCCGCAAGAACCUGCGCCUCACCAUCUUCUCGGCCCGCCUCUUCAUGUGGGAGGAGCCCGAGAUCCAGGCGGGGCUGAAGGCGCUGGCGGCCGCCGGCUGCAAGCUGCGCAUGAUGAAGCCCACGGACUUUGUCUACACCUGGGACACCUUCGUGGACAACGAGGACGAGAAGUUCACGCCCUGGGAGGACUGCAAGGAGAACUACGAGUACUACCAGGAGAAGCUGGCGGACAUCCUGCAGUGACAGGCCCGGGAUUGCAGCUGACCAAGAACAGACCUGCAAGCUCCUCUUCCCCAGCAUCCUGCCUCUGUUUUGAGACCAGAGUAUUUGUGUGCUCUAUACAGCCUUCCCACACGAUAGCGCCCCCUGGCUUACCCUAGCAGAUAUCCCAUUAAGCAGCCUUUCCUUGAAUGGACUAAUGGCAUUUUGUGAAGUCCACACUCUCUCCUACCUUCAAUGACUUCCACCUGUAACCAGUCUGAAGCCCAGAACCCCAGUCAACAUACACUGAGGUAAUGCCCUGCUGCCUUGCUGUAUGGAUUAGUAGAGAAUAAAUCCAGUUACAACACCAUGUGACUAUUUUUUUCAUAACCCCUGUAGUCAUACAAAGAACAAUGUUAGUUCAUUCUUUUAAGAAAUUAACUAUUUGAUAUUCAUAUUUUGUCAUUAGGGUAACUGAGAUUCAGACAUGUUCAUAAAAAACGCAGGCAUAUUAUUAGAAGAAUAGGAUAUUUUGCCACAAGUUUUUGUG